GCCAAAAAUAGAAUAAUUUGCUUUGAUCUAUUUUUGUCGUUGUUGAUGUAAUUUUUAAAAUGCAUCCUAUAAGUUCAUUUUUGCAGUCAAAGCCAUCAUGAAGAGAAUUACAGUAUUUCAGAAUGGCAUACCAGCAGAUGGGAAGUUGCUGCUUGUGCCACCAACUCAAACAUUUAAAGAACUUUUAGAAGACUGUGGUCAGAAAUUUGAUUGUGAUUGUAAAAUAUUGUACACAGCACAGGGGGCAGUGCUAGACGACAUCGCUUUUGUCAGAGAUGAUGAUGUGUAUUAUGUCUCAGAUGGAAAACCUUUUAUUAGUCCGUCCAAGUCAGGAGUUGUGUUUCGUCCACGGUCAUUUUCCUCCAUUAGCCCUAGAAAUGAUUGUAAGCGACACUCGCGUCUCACUAAUGAUGGGACAACAAAUAAGUGUACGUGUAGCAGCUCAGAAUGGGUGACUCUUAAUGUGGGUGGCAGAAUGUUUACCACAACAAGGAGCACUCUCACACAACAAGAACCAGAAAGUAUGCUGGCUAGGAUGUUUUGUGAUGAAGACCAAUGGUACAGCAGUGUGGAUGUUACUGGAGCAUAUUUAAUUGACAGAAGUCCCCGAUAUUUUGAACCAAUCCUAAACUACCUCCGGCAUGGCCAACUUAUCCUUGAUAAGGACAUCAAUCCAGAAGGUGUCCUAGAAGAAGCAAAGUUUUUUGGUCUGACUUCUUUGAUGGAAAAUUUGGAAGAUGUGAUAGAGAAAAACCAAGUCCCAGAUGAUAGCACCCCCAUCACAAGGAGAGAAUUUGUUCUGCGACUGUUAUCUACCCCCACCAAUAAGGAGCUCCGAUGUCAGGGUAUGAAUUUUACAAAUGCAAACCUUUCCAAACUGGACUUGAGGUAUAUCAACUUUAAGUAUGCUGUUCUCAAGAAUGCCAAUCUGAGUGGAGCAAACUUAUCAUACUGUAACUUUGAGAGGGCUGAUUUGUGUCAUGCCGUUCUUGAUUCUGCUAAUUUGCUGGGAGUGAAAAUGCUGUGUGCAAAUAUGGAAGGCACUUCAUUAAAGGGAUGCAACUUUGAGGAUCCUGCAGGAAGUCGAGCUAACAUGGAGGGUGCCCUUAUGAAAAGUGUGAAUUUGGAGGGAAGUCACAUGGCAGGUGUGAAUCUGCGAGUGGCAACAUUAAAGAAUGCCAACUUACAGAACUGUGAUCUCAGGGGAGCAGUUUUAGCAGGGGCAGAUCUAGAGAACUGUGAUAUGUCUGGUUGUGACCUACAAGAGGCAAACCUGAGAGGGGCCAAUUUGAAGGGGGCUGCGCUCAAGUUGAUGUUAAACCCUCUUCAUAUGGCCCAGGCUGUGAGGUGAAAGGUCAAACAAAAGGCAGGGGCUAGAAUCACAGUUAAUUAACAAGGAAAGGGUCCCAGUCAUUGAUUUAGUCAAAGAUUUUUAUAAACAGUAAAAAUGUUUUUGAAUACGAAAAAAAAAGUAAGUGGUGGUUUCAUUGCUGUUUAAUAAUUAAUAAAGUGAGUUUAAGAACUUGUUUUGUGUGAAAGUAUAUGUUGACCAUAUUUUGAUCUCAAAAAAUUAUUAAAAACUGAUUAUGUAGUUGUUAU